UCGGCGCAACUUAUAUGGAGUGAGUAUCUAUAGAAAAGGAUGAUCACCGCGUCCUGUCUAUCCGGCUUCUCUCUUCUCCGCAAACAAAGCAUUCACGAGAUAAUUUCGCCCUCCAAUCAUUUCUAACUUUCGCAUUAAAAGCUUUCACGCUCGAAACCCUCGCGACGUCCGCCAUUUCUUUCACGGACCAUGUGAACACAGGAGGAGAUCAAUGAUUUCCUCUCAAUUUCUCCUUUCAUAACUUUCUCUUUUUUAUCAAUAGUUUAUAGAAUCAAUGGAUGAAGAAAUGGAGGAUUUCAUUGUAGAAUGUUCGGACGUCGUAUCCGAAAUCGACUCGGAAUAUGAGUUUGACGCCUCUAGGUUCUAUGAUUUCUGCCGGCCGGAAUCAACUUCCGAAGCCGAGGAAGCCGAGCGAUGGUUUCAAAUGGCCAGCACUUAUCCGCCUUCUCCUCUCAUUAUCAAGUUAAACCUGGGGAAAGAGAUUACAGCAGGAAACUCAAAUGGUUGCUCAAGGUUACAAGAAGGGAAAAUGGCAAAAUCAAAAGGCAACAACUCAUACAUUCCUGUUGGUUCUGAAGUUUCGCCCUCCAAAUCAAAAACUAAAGGAACUAUAUCCAAAGGUCAAACGACUCGUGAAAUUUGCAAGACAAAGCCAGAGCCAAGAUCUUCAACAUCAAGAGGUUCAACUUUAAUGAAGCCCACGGCUAGUCAUUUGGCUAAACAGAAGUUUCAAAAUGCAUCUAACAAGACUGAUGUGACAAGCUCAACGAAUUCUUUGGCAUCCGAAAUUAUUGCUACCAAAAGGCAAAAGCUGGAAAUCGGUUAUCUACUUAAGAUUGCUCACUUGAAGCAUCAACGUCUACUAUCUCACAAGAUAUCCAAGAAGGAUACCUCAUCCAUCUCUAUCUCGGCACAUCCCAAAUCUAAAGUUACUGUUCCUAGAGAACCUGAACUGGAAACUCUUCAGAGGGCACAAAGGCGAAGUUUCAGGUGCAACAAGGACUCAAACUCAAGUGAAAUCACGAAAGCCAAAACCCAAAUGCUUAAAUCACAGUCCUUGAACAGAAAUAUCCUCAGCACUCCUACAUUACCUCCUCUCAGAAAGACUAGAGCUCUGUUGCCUGAGUUUCGUUUAUUUAACUCUCUAAAUGCCGAUUCUGUCGCACAAAAUGCUUUAGUGGACUUUAAAAGACCAAACGCUCAAAAUGCUGUGAAUCCAGGAAAAUCUGUUACAUCCCUCAAGUCAAGAUCACAUAAAUGUAACAAGAUAUUUCCAAGUAGGGAAGAUAAUGGCAUAGGUGAAGACAAUGGACAAGAAAGUACAUACUCAAUGGAAUCCAAAUCCAUACUUGAUGAGAAACUUUCGGUGCAUCCGCCAAUUGAACUGUUUAAUAAGUUGUCCCUUAGAUCUGAAAAGGAAACACGUGAAGUGUCUAAGCCAAAAAAGAAUCCCUCAGCAAAGGAGUUGAAGGAGAAUACUCCAAAUUGUUUGCAGAUUAAAUUUCGGAAAUGUGUUGGAAAGACAAAUCAAUGUGCGGCAGAGAGGGCCAAUGACAGGUUUGGACUCCACUCCAGCAUGAACAGGAGCUUGGGAAUCCGAUGAAAAAAUACGUGUGAUUGUUGAAUUGCUGCAAGUUUCAUGGGAGGUAGAUCGAUCCUCCUAAGCUGAGAGUUAUCUGGAAAUGUAUGUCUUUAGCUAUAGGAAAUAAAAGACUGUCCUCAAGACUUGCAACACCAAAUUUUUGUGGCUAGCACUGUACAGCAAGUCAAAUAUAGUGUAUUCCUUUUGGUCUGUUAUGUACAUCUACAAGGUAUACAUACAUGUGCUAGGAAGGGGAGUAUAGUCUUUUAAAUACCCAAUGUAUUAACUUAUAUCAACUCAAGAGUUCAAAGAAGAAAGAAAAAGAAAAAAAACACCAAAUAUAGCAUUAUACACCUAAA